AUGACUUCCAUCUUCCUCAUUGGCCCUGGUCUUAUCGGCGGGGAGUCUGCCCGCCAGGCCUUUCACGAUCUGGGUGUGCAGACUGUGCUGGGGACUCUGGCCGACAAGGAUGUAAUUGCCGCUCAGACCGCCGCAAGCGACAUUGUCAUUCACACCGCCACCGCCGACGAUCUCCCCUCCUUCGAGGCCGCGGGCCACAAGACAAUCUACAUCCGCAGGCGCGAGUCUCAUCGGUACAAUGCUGAAGACAGCUACACCGACUUCAUCUAUGAUUACAACGAACCAGCCUCAAUCGACGCCCUUCCAGCCUCGGCCGCGCAUCGCGCAAUUGAUCUUGCGAUUGUCCGCGCUGGCAAAAUGGCUGAGCUCUCACGCAACUCCAAGCUUGUAAUCAUGGUCCCGCCCCGCCUUUCUAUCCAGCUGCCGACCAUGGUCCGCUGCUCCAUCAAGCACAGCUAUGUCACUCUUCUGCACUGGCUCGAAGAGAAUCCCGCUCCGACAGUUGCAGAAAACCCGUACGUAUUCUGCGAGAACGGCGAGGAGCUUUCGUGGAGAGUCGCCGGCAAGGUCGCCGAUCAGACCCCGCAAACUAUCCCACAGGAUAUGAUUGGGUCCAAUGCGCGGAACCGGGCGAAUCGUCUGCGCAAGAUCGGUUGGGAGGCGAGAAAGAAGAAGACGUUUGCCUCGCUUACCGAGGACGGGAUUCCGCAUAUUCUGCUGGAAACUGGUGAGUUUAACGGGUAUUCUGCCGCUGUUGCAUCGGGCAAUUUCGAAGGAAAUAAGUAG